UUCCUUUGCCGAUGUCUUCGUGUGUUCCGUAAAGCCACAGAGUGAGUGAGUGAGUGAGUUAGUGGGUGAGUGGGUGACGGCAUGCACAGCGCACAGAUAGUUCAGUCCAACUAUGUGGAACGCGUUGGUCUUCCUCUGUCCGUUGGCUCAGAGUUGGGUAGUCGGUGCGUAAAUAGCUGUGCUUUUGGAGACACCCUGCGCAGCGCGCACUCCUCCCUCGGUUCCUUUCUUCGGACCCCUUGCUCUCCUGUUCUCAGUCUAACCAGCGAGCACGCACGGCGCGGCGCGGCGCACGCAGAGAACGAGAGCGCACAGCGCGUCCCAGGCAGUCCUCCUCCUCGCUGUCUACUCACGCGCCGGGAUGGAUCGACUCUCCGCUGCAACGAUCUACUUCGCCAGUUGAUAAGUUUAGCUCUUUAUUUUUUUGGGGGGGGUCAACCGGGAGCUGAAAUCCAACGCCUUCUCCCGUUGGCAGAUAUUCUCCCUGCGCGUUAACUUGGCUCUCGGAUACCUAAUAAGCCAUAUGAUGAAACCCGCCGGGCUAGAAUCGCACCUGAUGCUCCUGCUGUGCCUCGUCUCCACCGCGGCGUGCAAUAUGUUUGCAUUCACCGAGGAGCCCCCCGAGAGAGCCGUGAAGGGAGACGGCUAUUGUAGUCGGAUAUUACAAGCUCAGAGCAGCCGGAAGGAAGGCAACAGUGAGUUUCGCCUCCGCGUCGAGGGAGACCCGGAGAGCUACCAGCCGGGGAGCACAUACAGAGUGACUGUGAUUGCAUCCAGCCCCUCCUACUUCAGAGGGUUCACCCUUAUUGCCCUGAGGGACGGCGCAGAGGGAGACAGGGACGAGGACUACGCUGGAAAUUUCCAGAUAAUUGAUGAGGAGGAAACACAGUUUAUGACCAACUGCCCCCCUGCAGUGACAGAGAGCACUCCUCGCAGACGCACCAGCAUCCAGGUGUUUUGGACUGCGCCCCCGAGUGGAUCCGGCUGUGUCAUCAUUAAGGCAAGCAUUGUACAAAAGAGGAUAAUCUAUUUCCAGGAUGAAGGUUCACUCACCAAGCGAAUGUGUGAAAAAGAAUCCCUGUUUGGAGACGUUACCGAUAAACCUCUGCUUGACUGCUGUGCCUGUGGAACGGCCAAGUACAGAGUCACCUUCUAUGGGAACUGGUCGGAGAAAAUUCAUCCCAAAGACUAUCCACGUCGUACCAAUCACUGGUCGGCGAUUAUUGGAGCCUCCCACUCUAAGAGCUACGUGCUGUGGGAAUACGGCAGCCUUUCUAGCGAUGGAGUUAAACAGAUAGCUGAGCUGGGUUCCCCUGUGAAAAUGGAGGAGGAGAUCAGACAGAAGGGUGAUGACGUCCUGACAGUCAUCAAAAUGAAAGCGCAGUGGCCGGCUUGGCAACCACUUAAUGUGCGCGCGGCCCCCUCGGCUGAGUUCUCAGUGGACCGGAGUCGUCAUCUCAUGUCCUUCCUCACCAUGUUGGGGCCCAGCCCGGACUGGAACGUGGGUAUGUCUGCUGAGGACUUGUGUACUAAGGAGUGUGGUUGGGUCCAGAAGGUCGUCCAGGACCUGAUCCCCUGGGAUGCAGGCACGGACACAGGGGUGACAUAUGAGUCUCCCAAUAAGCCUGCUUUGUCCCCGGGCAAGAUUCGUCCCCUGACCAGCCUGGAUCAUCCACAGAGCCCUUUCUAUGACCCUGAAGGGGGACCCAUCACCCCAGUGGCCAGGGUGAUGGUGGAACGCAUUGCCAGAAAGGGCGAACAGUGCAACAUUGUGCCGGACAACGUGGACGACAUUGUAGCAGAUAUUGCCCAGGAGGAGAAAGAGGAAGACGAUACCCCCGAGACGUGUAUUUACUCAAACUGGUCUCCGUGGUCUGCAUGCAGUUCGGCCACUUGUGAUAAGGGCAAGCGGAUGAGACAGCGGAUGCUAAAGGCCCAGUUGGACCUUAGUGUGCCCUGCCCCCACACCCAGGAUUUUGAGCCGUGCAUGGGGCCCGGAUGCAGUGAUGAGGAUGCUUCAACCUGCAUGUUAUCGGAGUGGAUCACCUGGUCUCCCUGUAGUCUGUCCUGCGGGAUGGGCACACGUUCUCGGGAGCGUUACGUAAAGCAGUUCCCUGAUGAUGGUUCACUCUGCAGCUUGCCCACGGAGGAGACGGACAACUGUGUGGUCAACGAGGAAUGCUCUUCCAGCAGCUGUCUUGUUACAGAAUGGGGUGAAUGGGACGUCUGCAGUGCCACUUGUGGAGUGGGCAUGAAGAGGAGAGAGCGCAUGGUGAAGAUGCCUCCUGCAGACGGAUCCAUUUGCGGGGCUGAGGUGUUAGAAGUGGAGAAGUGCAUGAUGCCAGAAUGUCACACGAUCCCCUGCAUGCUGACUCCAUGGUCUCCAUGGAGCGACUGCAGCGUGACUUGCGGAAAGGGUUCAAGGACACGACAACGCAUGCUGAAGUCCCCGGUGGAGCUGGGGGAGUGCACAGAAGAGAUAGAACAGGUGGAGAAGUGCAUGCUGCCUGAGUGUCCCAUCGACUGCGUCAUGUCAGAGUGGACCGAGUGGUCCGAGUGCAACAAGUCCUGUGGGAAGGGUCACACCAUCCGGACACGCGUCGUAAAGCUUGAGUCUCAGUUUGGAGGAGACACGUGUCCCGAGGCCAUCCAGAGGAAGAAGUGCAAAAUAAGGAAGUGCAACCGAGGACAGGCGAACAGCGAUGAGAAGAAACGCCGCAAGGAACAGCGUGAAAAGAGGAGGAGCAAACAGGGCGCGGCUGAGGUCGCCACAGAGCAUCUGGGGUGCAAGAUGAGGCCGUGGUCGAGUUGGACAGAGUGUACCAAGCUGUGCGGCGGAGGUAUCCAAGAACGGCUCAUGACAGUUAAGCAGAGGUUUAAGACUGCGCAGCUGUCCAGCUGCAAGGACAGGAAGGAGAUCAGGGCGUGCAAUGUGCAACCCUGCUAGUAGCGAGUAGGGGAAAGGAGGGCGAAGUUGAAGGGAGGGAGGGGACGACUAUGGAGCAGGGAACGGGACUGGACUCAGCACACUGUUGCACAAUGAUCCAAUGCACUCUGUUGAAACAGCACAUGCUUGAAGCUGUCCAGGUUACAUCCAGAGCUCGGGUUGUUGUCACCAAGAGAAGAUGAAAUUAAACCUGGUAACUUACUGGCAAACUCUGGAUUUACACUAGGCUAAUUAUUUUGUGCUUUUGAAAUAGUUAUUUUGCAAGAUUACUGUAAACGUGUUGUGGUAUAAUAUAUCUUGAAAAAUAUGAUUAUUAAAUAUCAAUUGAUUGAAUAAUAUAAAUAACUGUUAUACCUUGUGGUUUUCUUAAGUAGUACAGUAUAUUCCAGAUUUUAAAGCACAGGGGCGCAGCCAUUCCAGUGUUUUAUACGCUUUCGAUAGCUAAGUUGUUUCUAGGAUAUAAAUUCCCAGUUGGCUUUUUAUCCAGCUAUAGAUUGUUAUACAUGUAGAUGCACCAGGACUGAGAUCUAUAUGAUUUGGAGCAUUGUGAGACAAUUGUGCUAUUUUUUUCUGUGGAAAUUUUGAUAAGAACAUGUCCCAAGAUUGUUAAUAUAAAGUCUUGUGUUGCUGUUUUCUAUAUGUCUUCUCCUCCUUUUCUUUAUCUCUGUUCCUCUAACAUAUUCAUAUUUUGGAAUAAUAUCACCUUUACAAUAAAAGUAAUUGUGACAACUUGC